AAAAACAGCCUGGUCAUGAAAGGGGAAAAACCUUCCAGAGCUCAAGUGGUUAACACAUACAAGUAUGCAAUAUUAUAUUAUCCUUAUGGUUUAAGUGUUCAUAAAUUUCAUAUGUUCUAUUUGCAGAUCGUCUUUUAUGAAGAUAAAAACUUCCAGGGUCGCUCAUAUGAGUGCAACUGUGACUCUGCUGAUUUGCACUCCUUCUUCAGCAGAUGCAAUUCCAUCCGCGUGGAGAAUGGAAACUGGAUGAUCUAUGAACAUCCCAACUACAAGGGACACCAAUACUACCUGAAGAAAGGGGAAUAUCCUGACUAUCAACAGUGGUUGGGUUUUAAUGACUCCAUCAGGUCCUGCCGCUUGACCCCACAACAUCGAGGUACAUUCAGAAUCAAGGUUUACGAGAAGGAAGAUUUUGGAGGCCAUAUGAUGGAAUUCACAGAAGACUGCCCACAUGUCCAUGAGCAAUUCCAUUAUAAUGAAAUUCAAUCCUGUAGCAUUCCUGAAGGACAAUGGAUUUUCUAUGAAGAGCCCAACUACCGAGGGCGCCAAUAUUAUCUGAGACCUGGAGAGUACAGGAGAUAUUCUGAUUGGGGUGCAAGCAAUUCUCGAGUUGGCUCCUUCAGGAGAGUUCUGGAUUUCAAUUAGUGCCUGUACUCUAAAGUAGUCACUAUGUGAUAGCAGCAAUAAAUAUAAUUGCAAAUUUUCCAUGA